UAAGCGACAGCGGAACACGGACAGCGUUCGUGAAAAAAGUGGCGGGGAUUAGAUUGAGCUCGUUUAGGGUCUUGUGUUUGGCUCUGUAGGAGGCGGUCGGGUCUGGUUUAGUCGCCGUGCGGUGAGCGGAGACACAGCGAUGGACAGUGAGGUGCAAAGAGACGGAAGAGUCCUGGAUCUCACGGAUGAUGCGUGGAGGGAGGACCGCUUGCCCUACGAGGACGUUACUAUACCCCUGAGUGAGCUCCCAGAGGCCGAGCAGGACAACGGCGGAUCCACAGAGUCAGUUAAGGAGCAAGAGAUGAAGUGGUCUGACCUGGCGCUGCAGAGUCUUCAUGAGAACACUCCCAAUGCAGGGAACUAGAGAACAUACCGUGCGGCACUUGAACCCAGACACUCCCUGUCCUGCAUGCGCUAGAGAUCGUGGAGCGGCCGUUGAGAUUGGCGCGGAGGGAGUGGCUGUCUGAAUCGUGUCUCGUUGAGUUGUGGCGUGUAUCUGUGAUAUUGGAAGCCUCUUUCAGAAGUUGGCAAAGAACAGCCUGGCAGAAGUGGGUCACUUAUCAAAAGCUACAUUAAAGUUGCGUAAUUUUUCAGCUGUUGUACAUACACCUGAGUUUUUACCCCAUCAGAAUAGCUCUGCAAAGAUUUUAGAUAUAUAUUUGAUAACACAAUAAUGGUUUUCACCAACAAAGGAAGGUGCCCAUUUGAUAACUUCAGUGGAUUACCCUUAUUGGCGAUGUGGUGGAGAUUAAGCCGCUUGGUGAUGUAUGAUGGCAAUGCUGGAUGUUUUUUCUCUGUGGCUUCAUGGUGAAGUCGGUUGGACUGGGUCCUUGUGUACAGUCGUCGUCAUGUGCGCAUGGGGUGUAACGCCUGGUCCUCUGUAUGUUGACUAAUCUCACAGACCAACCCACUAAGUGGAAUGGGCUAAAAUUAGUAAAAAUAAACAAAAACUCAAGGGCUGACAUCAGUUGAACCAGUUACAUCUGAAAUACACGAGUUGUGGUCAUUUCCACUGCAUCGUCAGCACGAGAAGUGGGCUUCAAAAUUAGUUUAUUCAUACAGUUAACAGUUGAAGGAAAGUCAAGGCCCAAGUUUUCAUUGUUGCAGAUUGCUUUAAUAACUGUCUGUGCAACACAUAUAUUCUUACUGUAAUCAAAGGAACAAUUCCUUUAACUUUGUACUGCAGUUUAUAUAUUACUUACAAUGCCUGAAUUCAAAAGACAUGAAUGGCAAUGUACCAAAACCUGCACUUGGGGGAAUGAUUCCCUUGUUUAAUGUCCCUGCCAGUAAGCCUUAAAGGGCAUCGAAACCAAUUCCAUGCAGACCGUUCAUAUGUAGGUUUCUGCUCAGACAUGUUCACUGAACUACUAAAGUGGGCUUAUCUUACAUUUGAAAAGUAAAUAUGAAUAUACUGAAUAUAAAUAUUCACCAUGUACUGUGUACAGAAACAUUUAAAUGCUAAAUUUUCAUGGGAAUUGAAUAGAUUUAAAUAAUACAGAUUGAGUACUGCCAAUUUACUAGUAAUCAGACAGAGAAUGAGUUGGCAUGGAAACCAGCACACACACGGCCUAGCAGGAAUUUAAUUUGACAUCCCUAGUCUAAAAGUUUCAAACAGGAUGUGACAGCACAUUUUAUACAAAAUUCAGUCCACUGUCUAGAUUAUGUGCACUCAUCCAAAGAAGGAUGAGACAGAGAAAAUUUCCUUUGACAUGAAACACAAAUGUUUCAUUUUUCUCCAGUUUGUUCCCCCUCGCAUAGAUGUCAAACGUUGGGUUUUCCAGGUAUUCUUUAGACACAUUUUAAAACCUGAACAUCUGAAAGCGCAGAAUGUAUAUGAAACAUAAGCAAUGAGAAUUGGACCUCCAUGCUCUUUAAAAGACAAUUCCUAAGCCAUUCACUUUGCUUUACCUUGUUACUGCAAGGUCAUUUGAACUUGGAAAUGCUGCACCACAUCACUGACAGAAAAUUCAGGCCAGUAAGUAUAAACAGCACAGACUUAAUUCACUGCUGAUCAAGAACAAUUUCCUCAUUCGUUUGGAAAAUCCCACACAAACAUUUUAUACCUUCCAGUUAUUCAUAGAAAAGAUGUUCUCACAUUUAGCUUAGAACUAGGUAGCUCAUCCAACUGUCUCACUCUGUCAUGGGUUGGGGAACCAUGGGAGUUUUAUACAUAAUUUUGAAUCAUAUUGUGGAUCGAACCAGCAUUAUCAGUCUGAGUAACAUCUGCACAGCAGUCGCUGAGAACUUGAUCUGAAACCACCAUCGGAAACUCAAAAUCUAAUUUGAGUUUGAUGUGGACAAUAUUGACAUGUUUAUCAACUUAAGACAAUGUGUAAGCUCCCCAUGAUGGAAACCUCUAAGCUGUGGGAAAUUUUUAUGACAGAACAUAUCCUUUUUCUGUGCUGCACUGCAGAUUUAGUUAUCUGGUAAAUAAAAUGGUGUAUUAUUAACAAGAUCUAAGAGGAAAAAGAUUUUGAAAUUCAUGGUGCAUUUCUUUGGAUGGCGCAGAAAGAUGCAACUUGUUUUGAAACCAUCUGUCCAUCAAAGUGUACCCCACUUUUUUUUUUUUUUUUUUAAAGCAUCGUCAUCUGAUACGUUAUGUGAUCUAAUCAGGUAAAAAAUAUGGCAUAAAUAAAGCCAUACUGUUCAUGUGUCAUAUUUACAAUUCUUUCCAGAUGUAUUACUGAUGAGAAGUAUGUGAAUAAUUAAACAGAUCAAUCAUUGCUGGCAAAUUAAUUAGAUCUAUAAAUGUAUACCUGAAGAUGGCACUUGUACCAUAAAUGUGUUUACAUUAAGUGUAAACCUUAAAUCUUAAAAGAAUUUGUCUCCACUGUCUAAUAUUAAAGGGCCCUUUUUUGAGAGGAAUGAUUAUAAAUCAGUUUCUUUGAGGAAUAUUUGAUAUUUUAUUCAAUCUUGCAAAAUUUUUCAAGUGCCCUGCAACAAAAAUGACACUGCUGCAAUCAUCAUGUUCUGCUAAAGUUUUUCGGUAUCCCCCCUUCAGUUAAUUAUUCUUUUGUCAUUCUUACAAACACACUGUCACUUUCAGGAAUGCUUGCAGUCAGAACAGUUUCUCUCUAUUGUUUGGUCCUCCUUACUAGCAAUCACCUAAAAAAAACUAAGACAUCCCAUUUUUCCAAUUCAAAAUGUUUGUCUGAACUAUAGUGAACAUACAGGACAAGACAAUUAGAUCAGUAAUGGUACAGAAUGCAGAAUUAUGGCAAAGCACAUUCUGUCUGUAUAAAAGCUUUGUGGACCCCCAACCCGAUGUACAGAAAUAGAGAGCAGUGAACACACUGCCUAGUUGUGACUUGGAGGAGAGCAUGAGCACGAUGACAUAUACAGCUCCUCUCUCGACUUGUAACACCUAGAAAGUACACCAUGUAGAUCAAUGUACACAAAACUGUACUGCGCAAGAUAGUGUACAUGCAUUUCUAAAAUGCAAACCGUAACCCCAUUACCUGCCCCCACCAAAAAAAAAAAAAAAAUCAAUAAUCCCUUAUAACCAGUAGUUCUCCCAUUUCUACGGUUUUACUUUUAUGUACCAUUUGUUGUUAGACACAUAUAUACAUAUAACUCACUUUUUAGUAAGUAACAGCUGUAUGGCAUUUUAGACAAUGGAAGAAAUUAUGGUACAUUCACUUGUGUAAAAAGUCUUUUUUGUAAUUUUCUUUACA